UAUCUCCCGAUCAGCAACCAGUUUCAGACGAGUAAUUCAAAUUGAAUCGCAAUUCAAAACUGAAUUUUAUCUGGACGGAUCGUACAGUAUUAACGGAUUGAAAUUAAUCGCUUCUUUUAUCGAAAAUGUUUAAAACGUUUAAUAUGCAUUUUUACUAUACGGUUCCACCUAAUUUACAUCCAGUUGUACAAGUUGUAACGAGCAUGAUGAUUAAUUUUUUUAUAGUGUUACCAGUUUCCAUUGGAUUAUUUUUUUGGGAUAAUGCAAAACAAUUAAUUGAAAAAAAACAAUAUCCUGAACCGAAAGUUAUUUUAAUAACUGGUGCAAGUUCGGGAAUUGGUGCAGCCUUUGCUAAAGAAUAUGCUAAAUCUGGAAUUACUUUAGGCCUUUUGAGUCGUAAUAGAGAACGACUUCAAGAAGUAGCAGAAGAAUGUGAAUUUAAGGGAGCAAAAUGUUAUAUUAUUGCAGCAGAUAUUAAAGAUUAUGAUACGUUAAAGGAAGUUCUUGAGGAUUUUGAUAAUCAACAUCCCAUUGAUUUAUUAUUUGCCAAUGCAGGAAUUUCAGGAAUUGAAGGUGAUUAUGUAUGGACGGAAACGUGGAGGAAAGUUAUUGAUAUAAAUCUUAGUGGAACCAUUGCUACAGUUAUGCCAAUUUACGAACGAAUGAAACGCCGUAAAAGUGGACAAAUUUGCAUCAAUUCGUCAAUUUUUAGUUAUUUCUCUCCUCCAUUAGCUAUUUGGUAUGGGGCGACAAAAUCAGCAUUAAAUAAGUUUACACAUGAUUUAUAUUAUGUUGCAUCUAAGUAUAAUGUUCGCGUUAAUUUACUUGUACCCGGUAGUAUAAGUACCAAUAUGAUAGGAAACGAUCCUAGCUCAAUUCCUCCUACAUAUCUUGCUAAAAUUCUUAAAAAGCAAUUAGAAGAUAAUUUUCCAGUACAUUUGCCAAGAUGAUUAUGAAAUCACAUGACUUAAACUAAAUUAACAUUUUGAUUGAUUCUUGGUUGACCGUUGACACGCACAGUAUGAUAUACAUUUGUAUUGAUUUCUUUGAAUAAAAAAUGGCUAAAAUUUGGAUUAAAUCAAAUAAGUUUUUGACCUUUUAAAAAGAAUUCAAAUUCUACAUAUCAUUUCAAAUGAUCUGAAGCUAAUGUAGGCUAAAAUUAGGAUGAAAGAUAAUUUUGAUCCGAAUUAUAAGAUCAUAUAAAAUUUUCCAAAAAAUACAAAAGCAGCUUUAAUAAAUGUUAAGGAACAGAAUUUUCAAAAUAUUAAAUUUUCUCAACUGUAAAAAUGCGUGAUGAAAUUUAUAUUUAUUUAUCGCAUGAAUUCUUAUUCUACCUGAUUAUUCUAGUAAUUUUUUAUUUGCAAUCAAAGAUUCCCGGGAACUAAAAAGUUAAAUUGGUAAUUAUAGCAAAAUUAU